AUGCCCCAAAGUCUCCUCCUUUCUCGCCCCUCCAUCCUCUCCCCGUACUCCCUCUCCAUCCUCCUCUCCAGCCACGCCAAGUUCCAGCCUUUCAACUCCACCAUCCACCUGUUUGAUGAAUUGCGUCACUCCUAUAACAGCGCUGGCCUCGCCUUUGGUGUCGACGAGUUCAACGUUCUACUCCGUGCCUUCUGCGUCCAGCGCCGGAUGGGCGAGGCCCGCCUCGUUUUCAACAGGGGUUUUGAACCGGAUGUUGUUAGUUUUAAUAUUAGAAUUGAUGCUUGUUGCAAAAAGGGUCGGUUUUUGGAUGCAUUGACGGUGUUCGAUGAAAUGUCGAAGAGGAAUUUAUCACCAACUUUGCAAACUUUGACAACUUUGGUGUAUGGUGCUGGCAUUGCUGGGGAUUUGCCGAAAGCACAGGAGUUGUUUGAUGAAAUGUUUGAGAGAGGAUUGGAUGUGGAUAGAGGGGCUUAUAAUGCUUUGAUGAGUUGUCACAUGAGGGUUGGAAAUUUGAAGGGUGGAAUGGCAGUGAUGGAUGAGAUGGUGGAGAAGGGGAUUGAGCUUGAUGAUGUGAGUUAUUAUACAGUUCUUUCGAGGUUGAAGAAGCUCGAGGAUGUUUGUUUGGUUUACGGGAGGAUGAUCGGUAAUCGGUUUGUCCCGAGAAUGAGGACAGUGAUGUUGUUGAUGAAGGUUUUCUGCAAUAACAAGAGGUUGGAUUUGGGGUUGCAGUUUUGGGAUUAUAUUGUGGAGAAAGGUCUCUGCUUGCAUUGUCAUGUGCUGGAUGUUUUAGUGAUUGGUUUGUGUGGCGGAGGGCGGGAGGACGAGGGUUAUCGAUGUUUUAAGCAAGUUGUUCAGUCAGGAAGACAGCCGUUGGAUAGAACAUAUCGCCUUCUUGAGGGACUUCUUGUUAAAGCCAAUGAAUUCAAGAAGUUGGAGGAAUUGCGAGACAUGAUGAGUAGAUUCAUGGAUCUUGACACUAAAUGAAUAUAAACAAUCUCACUAUCUUUGAUUCGAUGU